GAGAGCGUGCGCGCCGACGGACUGGCGCUGCCGCCGCUCCUCCUGCGCUCAGCCCGCGCCGCUGGAGGCAAGCAGGGCGCCGGGUGGCGAGGCUGUGCGCGGGGCUCGCUGCCGCAGGAGAUGCGCCUCUCCGGAUUUUGAGUCGCUUUCUCUUCCACCCCCCUCUCCCAAUCCCUAACCCCUACCCCCAUCCCUCCAAAAAAGAAGAAGAAGGGGAAAAAAAGAAGCCAAGAUGACGGUCGAAUUCGAGGAGUGCAUCAAGGAUUCGCCCCGAUUCCGGGCGACCAUAGAUGAGGUGGAAACGGAUGUUGUGGAAAUAGAAGCCAAGCUUGACAAGCUGGUAAAGCUAUGCAGUAAUAUGAUAGAUGCCGGGAAGGCCUACCUCAUCACCAACAAGCAUUUUGUCGGAGGGGUCCGGGACCUUUCACAGCAAUGCAAGAAGGACGAAAUGAUCUCGGAAUGCCUGAACAAGUUUGGAGACAGCCUGCAGGAAAUGGUCAACUACCACAUGAUCCUUUUCGACCAGGCUCAGAGGUCUGUCCGGCAACAGUUGCACAAUUUCGUGAAAGAUGACGUCCGGAAAUUCAAGGAGACCAAAAAACAGUUCGAUAAGGUACGGGAAGACAUGGAGAUUGCCUUGGUCAAGAAUGCACAAGCUCCGCGGCACAAGCCCCAUGAGGUCGAAGAGGCCACUGGCACCUUGACAAUCACCAGGAAAUGCUUCCGACACUUAGCCCUCGACUACGUCUUACAGAUCAAUGUCCUCCAAGCCAAGAAGAAAUUUGAAAUCCUCGAUGCGAUGCUGUCCUUCAUGCAGGCUCAGUACACCUUUUUCCAGCAGGGCUACAGCCUCCUUCAUGAACUGGACCCCUAUAUGAAGAAGCUGGCCACUGAGCUGGACCAGUUGGUGAUCGACUCUGCUGUGGAGAAGAGGGAAAUGGAACACAAGCAUGCACUUAUUCAGCAACGGACUCUUCUGCAGGACUUUUCCUACGAUGACUCCAAAGUGGAAUUCAACGUCGAUGCCCCCAAUGGGGUGGUGAUGGAAGGGUACCUCUUCAAGAGAGCGAGCAACGCGUUCAAGACCUGGAACCGGAGAUGGUUCUCCAUACAGAACAGCCAGCUGGUCUACCAGAAGAAGCUAAAGGAUGUCCUCACGGUGGUGGUGGAGGACCUCAGGCUUUGCACCGUCAAACCCUGCGAAGACAUCGAGCGGAGGUUUUGCUUUGAAGUCGUCUCCCCCACUAAGAGCUGCAUGCUGCAGGCCGAUUCAGAGAAACUGCGGCAGGCGUGGAUCCAAGCAGUUCAAGCUAGCAUCGCCUCUGCCUAUCGAGAGAGUCCCGACAGCUGCUACAUUGAAAGACUGGACCGAACAGCUUCUCCUUCCACCAGCAGCAUCGACUCGGCUACUGACUCUCGGGACCGCAGUGCCAAAGGCGAAACCAUCCUGCAGAGGGUGCAGAGCAUCCCAGGCAAUGACCAGUGCUGUGACUGCGGGCAAGCCGACCCCCGCUGGGCCAGCAUCAACUUGGGCAUCUUACUAUGCAUUGAAUGUUCAGGGAUUCACAGGAGCUUAGGGGUCCACUGCUCCAAAGUGCGGUCGCUCACACUGGAUUCCUGGGAGCCAGAGCUACUGAAGCUGAUGUGUGAGCUGGGGAACGCCACCAUGAACCAGAUCUACGAGGCGCAGUGCGAGGAGUUGGGACUCAAGAAGCCCACCGCGGGCAGCUCAAGGCAGGACAAAGAAGCAUGGAUCAAAGUCAAAUACGUGGAGAAGAAGUUCCUGAAGCAGCUGUCGACUGGGGAGGCCCUGGCGGAGAAUGAGAGGAAACCCCGGCGCUGGAGCGUGAAAAAGUGCCAGAGGCGCAACAGCUCCACAAAAGCGCCCACAGCACGGAGGAAGUACCGGCACGAAGCAGGAAACGCAUCACCGGCAGCACACUCUUCAGCUGCCACCCUUGAGAGGAAGUUCCGACGGGAUUCCCUCUUCUGCCCCGACGAGCUGGAUUCGCUUUUCUCGUACUUCGACACGGGAGCCGGGGCUGGGCCACGCAGUGGCAACCACAUCUCUGUGCCGCACCCCCUGGCAGCCAGCCCAUGGAGCGACAGUGGUAACGGUCCCACUGGGAGCGGGUCGCCGUUCCUCCUGGAUGGAGGCCCCGCAGGUCUGAGCAGUGACAGUGGGCUGGGCGGCAGCACCGACGGCAGCACCGACGUCCUAGUGUUUGGCUCGGUGGUGGACAGCGUCACGGAGGAAGAGUGCGAAGUUUCAGAAGAAUCCAGCGGAGAAGCUGAAAUAGAGCAAGAGGCCUCCGAUUUGGAGGACCUGCGGGAGCUGCACCCGGGUUUGCUGGUUUACAAGGCUUCGCGGGCCAGGAAUUUGCCUGUGAUGGCGGAGGCCCUGGCGCACGGGGCGGAUGUCAACUGGGUGAACGAUGAGGAUGAGAACAAAACCCCGUUGAUCCAAGCCGUAAUGGGGGGCUCCUUGAUAGCCUGCGAAUUCUUGCUCCAGAAUGGAGCAGACGUUAACCAAAGAGAUAUUCGAGGGCGCGCACCUCUGCAUCACGCUACGUAUUUGGGCCACACUGGCCAGGUCUGCUUGUUCCUAAAAAGAGGAGCCAACCAGCACGCGGUGGACGAGGAUGGGCAGGACCCUCUGAGCAUCGCGGUCCAGGCUGCUAAUGCGGACAUUGUUACCUUGCUGCGUCUGGCUCGAAUGAACGAAGAAAUGCGAGAAGCCGAGGGCCCGUUUGGUCAUCCAGGAGACGCCACCUAUCUCGACAUCUUCCGCGAGUUUUCUCACAUGGCAUCCAACAAUCCAGAGAAACUCAACCGCCGCAGCCUGUACUUCAGCCACUCCUACAGAUAGCCCUCAAAACCACCACGGACAUCGUCUGAGAACGCUGGUUCCUUCCAACUCCAGAGGGAGAGUCGAGAUUACGUGCGGCGGAUGAAGCCAAAGGGACAGAGGCGGCCGGUGGCUGAAUCGGGUCCAUCCAGAACAGGAGCAGUUCGACCCAGUGUCUCUGGUCACCCCACACAGCUUUGCGUUGAUCGCUACAUCUCCCCAUGGUCACCACCCCACAACCAAAUGGCUUUCCCCCUACAUCCCCUUCUCCCCAAAAAACUUCUGAAGAGGAUAUACACAGCCCUACGAGUAACUAGCCCAUGUUUACAGCCUGAAACGGAGAGAGAAACCUAUUUCUUUUUAAAGCAGGGGUCGAGAACUUGUAGAUAUUUCGGACCUCGCUGGACUCCAGCUCCCAUCAGCCAAUAAAUAGUCCAGGACGAUGUGAACAAUGUCUGAAAGGCCACAGCUUCCUCAUCCGCGUUCUAAAAUGGAAGUGGUGAAUUUGCGGCCUUCACGUUAUUGGUGGGUUGUAACUCCCGUCAUCCCUGAUCAACUGCUUGUGCUGAGGCUGAUGGGAGUUGUAGUCCAUCAACAUCAGGCAGGCCAUGGGUUGCUCUCCUAUGUCCUGCUUCUGCCCCACUGUUGCCCUGGAGGUUUGAUCUCACUAGCCUCAGGUGACUUGGCAAACUGGUUUUUACAGCCUUGGAGCAGGAUGGAAAGUAUCAAUUUUGUUCAAUGGGAAGAUUAGAUCCCUCCAUAGCAUCAUUCAGGAGCAUGGCAGAGAACUAAAAAUGAUGAGCAGGCUUCCUGGCUCACUACCAACUCCAGUCAAUCCACCACAGUCCCCAACCCCUCAAUAUAUUUCAUAAAAUCACAGAAUUAUAGUGCUGGAAAGGACCCCAUUCCCACUCCUGCCAUUACUUGCCAUUUUCCUUACCCUUUCUGUGAUUUCCCUUGCCUUAAGGCCUAAAACAAGUUCCCUGUCCCUGAUUUUAAAACAUGGCUUCUUCUUCUUCUUGUUAUUUCAAAAAUCAUGUUCUGUUGUUUUCAUAGAUAACGGACUUGUCAGAGAGCCUGUACUGGUACAGCCUCUGCCGCCCAAACUGCCUCCUGUUGAGCGUGUAUAGAAAUUUGUGUUUAUAUGCUGGAAAUGUAAUAUAUCUCUGGGCAAAAAAGAAACAUAUUUUUAAAAAAUGCUUGUGGCGGGAGCGAAGGGGUAUGAAUUGCAAGGGAGGGAAGAGGGAAGUCCAGGCAGGAGGGACGGACGGACCUUAUUUACAAGAUUAUAAAUAAAGACGGGUGACAUUUUUCUCCCGGGACAUUA